CAGCAACAUUUCCGUAUUUUUAGUUGGCUUGUUUGUAUUUCUAGUUCCUGAUCCUAGACAAAUCUAGUACUAGUAGUGGUCUUGGCGUUAAUUUCUCAAGACAGCUAGUUUUUUUUUCGAAACGAAGUCAUAGCUGUAAAUAAUGACAAUGGGUGAUGAAUCUCCCGUAAUUGCUAUGGCCCUUCCUGGUCUCAUUCAGCCAAUUUUAGACAAGUUAGGUAAGAAGGACAUAGCAGCAGCUCAGACGCUACGAGUGGCAUUCAGUAAGGUAGAGGCAAUGCACCCAGGUUUCACACACGACCUUGUGACAAAUGUGCUUCAAAAAGCAGAUGUUCCGAUCAACAUGAAUGAGAAUAUGCUACGGCUGGAAGGAGAUCACAGUAAUCCAGAGUUUCUUGUGAACCGGGGUGAAACAGCGUUCAAGGAACUCAACUACAGAGCAGUGACACUGAAGAAAAUUCUGAGCUGCAUUCCAGAUGAAAUCAACGAUAGGAAAGCAUUCCUAGAAACAAUCAAAGAAAUUGCGAGUGCUAUCAAGAAGCUUUUGGAUGCAGUGAACAAUGUCUUCAUCUAUGUACAAAACCAGCAAGGAAAGCAGAUGGUUGAGACAAGAAAGCGUGAAUUUGUUAAGUAUUCAAAACGAUUCAGCAACACGCUUAAAGACUACUUCAGGGAAGGACAGGCGAAUGCUGUAUACCACAGUGCUAACUGUCUCAUCAACCAGACUAACAUCAUAAUGACCACAAUUAAACACAAGUGUGAGUAGAGUGGAGAGUGGUAUGUGCUUCUCCUAAAAUAUAAGCAAGGUAUGAACGUCGACAAAUGUUGUUGUGACGAUGCUUGUUUUCUAGCAAGAAUUGUUGCCGUGACAACAGUUUAAGUGGCGAUAACUAGGAUAGAAUAAGGCGAGUUACGCAAAGGAACUAUUUCACGGCAAAAUUUCACUUAGAAACGCCGCCGACGUGGAAACGUUUCCGAUUAUUUUUAUUAGAGUUGAUCAGCGAAGGUGAAAGAUAAAUGCAAACUUCUGGUUUUGAUCGAUACUGCUCUAAUACCAGCUAUUAUGUAAGGAAGCAGUGAUUUUAUACUACCGUGCUGUCGUUACGUGAUUGUUAAAAUAUGUUUAUUGUGUGUAGAGAGUUAUUGCAUGACGGUUACGUCCUCGUGUUGUCUGAAAAGAAGCAUGACUGUUGUGAGAACGCUGGCACAGAAAUGAGCAGUCUAGCUUUGGAACGAGGAGCAAUGCAUUUGUCCUCGAAGCAAAUGUUGGAUCCUGUUCCGAACACCCAUGCGGAUGUUAAUUUCUUCACGUUCCUUCAGCAGGAUAUAUAGUGCGGUGUGAUCAGUCUGUGUGAUUGUGAUCAAAAGCACAUUUACAAAGCUGAUGGUUUGUUUGCACUUAGAACUGAGACUUCCGCAAUGUUAAUCUUAGUUUUACCGUUCACAUGAUAGUGUUAUUUAAUUAAUUUUUCUUGGUUCGGGACAUAGACGGAAUUGUUCGGGAAAAAUUUCAAGGUAUUGUUAAUUGGCACGGUUAACUUACUGGCUUAGUGACAGUGAUAUAUAUAUAUACAUUUCGGUGAUAAAAUAUGUUCCAGCAAAAAUGAGAGUGAAUAGGAGAAAGGUACAAUGGGAUACAUAACUAAAGGUGUAACCUGAUUUGUGGUGAAGGGUUUCCUGUGGCCAUUUGAGAUGAUCACUCCUUAGUAAUGAAAUCAGAUGGCAUAUAAAAGGAAUGAUGAUGGAUAGAUGUAUACAAAUCACACUGUAAUCUUCAUGAGAUAGCAGUGUGCUUGAAUCAAUAUUCCCAAGUAUUCACCCAACACAAGAAUGGUCACCUUCCGUAAGAGUUAAUACAGUUACUUGUGUUGUGCUGAAGUUCGUAAAAUCACCACCGGCAGCAUUUACAUAUUCAUAGUACUAUCGCGACACGAUGUUUUCUGUUUUAAUGCGUAUGCACUCUAGUGGUGGAAACCUUGCAUUAACAGGCUAUAUUAGAUGUCUAUAUAUGGUAUGCGGGGUGUGCUAUUUGGAGGAUACAAUUACAUUGUCGAAUGAGUAGUUGUUAUUAGCAUGACAGGAAGGUGACUGCCCAUCGAGCAAAGCCUGUGGUGCACCGUCCGGUGUGGAAGGCCGUUAGAAUCCGGUUCCAGCGAUUGACGUUCUUAGUGGGUUAUUAUUAUUACCAUCUUUGAGCAGGUCGUAGCCCUCGAAUUACCUCGGGUUUCACGAUCAAGCUGAUACCCCGUUUACGCUGGAGUUGAUAUAUAUAUUAUUCAGGCGUGUUCACCUUCGAAACACAUACAGGUGCUCGAAGAAGAGCCAGGAUUGUGAACGGUCAAAGCUUGCAUUGUUAGGCGUCGCGACCUGGACAUCUGUCUAUCUGUGUGUGUGUGUGAAUGGGAAAAUAUGUAAAUAUUGUUAAACGAAUGAAUAUCAUUUUCAAAAUGAGAAGAGAGCGCUUGAAUAUUUAAAGUUGGUAAGAGGAGUGGGUACUGGUCGGAGGUACUGAGACCUGCUAUUUUCUGGUUAAUUUGCAGUAAUAUUCUUGAUAUAAUCCAUUUGUGAUCAUUUUGGAAUACUUGUAACUUGCUGUGAAUAGUUUUUUGGGUCGAUAACAAUUCUGGUAGGACUGCAGAUAUGCUUCUGCUAAGCCAACCCCAAACUCUCCACUUGUGUGUUGUGUAUUGGUUUAAAAUAAAUUGUACAACCCUAUUACUUUUUUGUAUCGCCAUUGAUGCCAGUGGAUAAGACGGGUUAAUUACAAUUUUAAUUAUUGUCCCGACUGUUUAUUACUGUAAGGGAUUGGGAUAUAUGCUCGUGGGAAAUGGGUUGCGGGUACAAUUGUAGAUCCAUUGCGCAAGGUAAAUGACCGAAAGAUUGUUCCCUCACACAAAAAUUCGCAAGUUGAUUAGAAAGCCAGAGUGAGUCAUACAAAAAUCAUAGGAAUACAGCAGAAGAUGUGAAUAUUACAAUAAUUUUAUUCGUAUAAUUUACCACGUCAGCCUGAAUGUUGCAUCAUGAAGCAGCGAUAAUAACGCAUGAAUGUCAAGCAAGAUGUGUGUGUGUAUGAAUUCAUAUUUAUCUUCUGUUAAAUCCAGGAAAUUAACUUACUAUCGAAAUUCUCGAUCUCCCUUCGGAAAAUCUUCACCAGGAUGGGAUCUCGAAGGAAGAUCGAAAAUUUCGAUAGUAAGUUAAUUUCAUGGUCACAAAUUCAUAAUCACAAGAUAAAUACGAAUUCAUAGUUUCCA